AACGGCUUUUUUUUUUUUUUUUUUUUUAAAUCUUGCACUUUGAAACCGCGGGACUGUAGCAGGGUGCGCGCGUGUGGUUGGUGCCUCCCCCCCCCACCCCUGCCUAAACUCCUCUGUCAGCCUGUAAACAUUACCUGAGAAUUCCCCAGCCGAAACGGCUGCUGGGGCAAGAAACUUCUUGUUAGAACUUUCCACCUCCGGCUUCCCCUCCAGCCCUCUUACUGUCCCAACCUUCUCAGACGCUUUUUCUCCUCUCGAGGAGGAUUUAUCUUUUUCUUUUCUUUUUUUUUUUUUUUUUUUCUCUCUCACCCGGUGUUUUGCAUUUGGGACGAGGUGAUUUCAAGAGUGGCCAGGUGGGACGCCUCGCUCCUCCCCCACCUUCAUUCAGUUUGUUUAUUAUUGUUUGGGGUGUUUUCUUUUCUUUCUUUCUUUCUUUCUUUUUUUUUUUUUUUUUUAAUUCCUGUUUUGCUCGGUCCGGGGAGUUUCGCCCCCCUGCCCGGCUCCGCGGCGCGGAGGAUGGUGUGGAAAUGGCUGGGCGCGUUGGUGGUGUUCCCUCUGCAGAUGAUCUAUCUGGUGGCCAAAGCAGCCGUCGGACUGGUGCUGCCCGCCAAGCUGCGGGACCUGUCGCGGGAGAACGUCCUCAUCACCGGAGGCGGGAGAGGCAUCGGGCGCCAGCUCGCUCGCGAGUUCGCAGAACGCGGCGCCAGAAAGAUCGUUCUCUGGGGCCGGACUGAGAAAUGCCUGAAGGAGACGACGGAGGAGAUCCGGCAGAUGGGUACCGAGUGCCACUAUUUCAUUUGUGACGUGGGUAACCGGGAGGAGGUGUACCAGACGGCCAAAGCUGUCCGGGAGAAGGUGGGCGACAUCACCAUCCUGGUAAACAAUGCUGCCGUGGUCCACGGGAAGAGCCUCAUGGACAGUGACGAUGACGCCCUUCUCAAGUCCCAGCACAUCAACACCCUGGGCCAGUUCUGGACCACGAAGGCCUUCUUGCCGCGGAUGCUGGAGCUGCAGAACGGCCACAUCGUGUGUCUCAACUCCGUGCUGGCGCUCUCCGCCAUCCCCGGUGCCAUUGACUACUGCACGUCCAAAGCCUCGGCCUUCGCCUUCAUGGAGAGCCUGACCCUGGGGCUGCUGGACUGUCCAGGGGUCAGUGCCACCACCGUGCUGCCCUUCCACACCAGCACCGAGAUGUUCCAGGGCAUGAGGGUGAGGUUCCCCAACCUCUUCCCACCGCUGAAGCCUGAGACGGUGGCCCGGAGGACGGUGGAAGCCGUGCAGCUGAAUCAGGCCCUCCUCCUGCUUCCGUGGACCAUGCAUGCCCUCAUCAUCUUGAAAAGCAUACUCCCACAGGCUGCACUGGAGGAGAUCUACAAAUUCUCAGGAACCUACACCUGCAUGAACACUUUCAAAGGGCGGACAUAAAGACCAGAUGCAGAGACACGCUUGUAAGCCACGGAUCCUGAGGGGGCCACGGUACUGGGCACACACCCACGCGCCUGUCCCUUGGCACACUUCUUCUGCUGGGUGAGCAGGACUGCUCCUGGCCCCAGGAAGAAUCCCGGUGCCCUCCCCCUGGCCAGCCCCAGGACCUUUGCACAGGACUGAUGGGCGUAACUCUGACCCCCAUGGGGAGGCAAGAAACCAGCCAGUAACCACCUUGACACUUUCAAACAUUUCUAAUUCUGUAGAGUUUAUUGUUAAAUUGCUUCUAACCAGCCUUAGCAGUGUGCAUAGACUGUUUCCAG